AUGGCAUCAGGACAGUUUCAGGGCUCCCACGCCUUCACCCGCGCCGAACAGUUGUACCAAGAGUCGGUGAAUCCUAAUACGGGAUCUUUGACCAUCAAAGCGCCCCUUAUGAAGCUCGCCGGGUUCCGCUCGGCUCUUGAUUUCAACCUGAACUUGCUCUACAGCGCUGGAGCCCUGGGUACCUUUGGCUUGCCCAACAACUGGGGGCUGGAUCUUCCCUAUGUCUGCGGCGGCAAGAGCCUCACCACAAAGGGCCGCACGUACAUCGUGGACUUGGACUGGUCUGACUCGGACGGCCACAAGUCAGGUCUGCGUUAUGUCAAUAACCAUGGCAUCGUGCUGAGGAAGGUGGAUCCGCCCCUGCCCCUACCCUCGAGAGGAGGGGGAUGGUACGGGUGGAUACUGCAGAACCCGGACGGCUCGUCUGACUAUUUCGACCAAGCCGGCAAGCCCAGAGAGCGGCACGACAUGUACGGAAAUUACCUCCGCCUAUCUUACGCCAAUGAUCUGACAUGCGGCGUUGACUCGCCCCGGCUCUGGCUACAGUCUAUUGAAGACUCCUGGCACCAGAAAAUCACCUUCGGCCAUCAACCGGGCUCCAGCCUGAGCAUCAAAGCCCCAGAUGGGGCGGAGACAAAGGUCGUCUUCUCGACCGGCACUGGUGGCGUCACCUCGGUAGUCAACGCGGAGGGCUUGAAGACGACUUUUGAGUACGUCAUCUUCGAAGGCAGGCGCUUGGUCUCCAGUGUCAAAUAUUCCAACGGGCUGCGAUCGAGCUACAGCUAUACCCGUAUACCCUAUCUCGGCCCCGAUGGCAUCCCCCAUGUCAUGGCGGCAGUAAAGGACCAUUAUCAAGUAAGCAUGCCUGACAAAAAAUUCCAUCGACACAACCAGUAUGUGUAUGGCUCAGGGAGCAAUUGUACCUACACGGGUGCCGUCAUAGGUUUGCGGAUGGGUGGUAACGUCGACCCUUUGAUGGAUAGAGGGCCUCAAUCUGCGCAAUAUGAUGUGGUCAAAACCGUGUUGGACGAAGACGACAAGCCCCUCUUGCGAGUCCGCACCUGGUACAAUAACCUCCACCUGCCCACGGAAGUGAUCAUAUCAGCCCCGGAUGACAGGACAAACUUCACAGAAACCUGCAAGAAGCUCAUGACCUACAAAAUCGAUUACGAAAGAUUCGCUCGGACGUGUGCAUAUGAGUUGCCAGUCAAGAUUGAGGUCUUUCACUGCGCCAAAUUGGCUGGGAAGUCCGAGUGGAUGCCCAGGCGGCGAUUAACGGCCGCGUACAACGGGUACUAUAAUCCGGUCACUUCCAGCGAUGAACUCUACUGCCCCGAGAAAAAAGGAUACGAAAAGCAGUCGACGGUUGAGAAAGAGUACUACAGUACGUCAAGGGGGACGCAAAUCCUGAAACAAUCAACCUAUCGGGAUGAGGUGGCGCAGUGGGAGGAGCACAUGAAGAGCACUCUUACGUCCGAUGAAAAGGACAUAUCUUCCACCAACAUCACCUUCCGGUCGAGCGGGAGAGGCGAUUCCUCUGUUCAGCCGUGGAAGCACACCACAUAUCAAUACGACGUGCGAGGGAGGCUCGUGAGUGAAACGUUGGCCUGGAGCCCGGGCGCUCGCGUCCCCAACGGCAGCGUUGUCUCCGCCACAGACACGAAGAAGUACGAGUACCGGGAGCCCAUUCUCAUUGAGCACCAUAGCAACGCAUUUGGCGAGACGGAGACAGUCGAGCGUGACGUGAGCAGGCCACUGGGACCCAUAACGCGCCGUACACUGCCCUUGGGCCAGACCGAGUCAUUUACCUACGACGCAAUAGGCCGAGUCACCAAGUACACCGAUGCCUUGGGCUUAGAAACGAAGACGAGCUACCACACCAGCGAUUCGGAGGGCAGCCUCAUUACGGUCGUCACCCCCACGGGGUAUACAUUGACAACUAGACUGGACAUGCUCGACCGCGAAGUUGAGGCAACCGACAACGGGGAUCCAACGGGGGACGGAACAGCCACAUCAAGGACGCUCUGGACCAAGAAAUAUGACGCUCUGUCCAGGGUGAUCGAAGAGUGCAAUCAAUUAGGCCUAGCCACUCGCUAUAGCUACGAUGAGCUUGACAGGCCCUUGACCACAGUGGACCCAAGGGGCAACGUGGUGCGCUACCAGUAUGAGAAUGGCGGCUUCAGAGAAAUCAAGACGCUCAACGGGGAUCGACGGACAAUCCGCAACUUAAAUGCGCGCUUGGAAGCCCUCGAAGUAGUCAGUUAUACUGACUCGGGCGAUGCACUGGGGGGCCAUUGCAUUAUCGAGGAGCGCGGCUAUGAUGGUCGCGGCAACAACAUCCGGAGCAAGCUGUAUCGAAAGACCAGCGACGAUUAUGGUAAGGGGGCUUCCACCAUUAUUCGAGACGAGGUUACGGAAUACGGCCCAGAGAACGCAGUUCUAUCGCAGUCUGUCACGGGGCAUACAGACCGGGGUGCCGAUGUCGUGCAGCGACGCUUCGUCCUCGAUCUCUUUGGAAAUGUGUACACCUACACCAAGGAUGUCACCUAUGCCGAUGGCCGGCAGUUUCUCGGCCACCAAGGCGGCAUCCAUGUCUUCGACCAGGCCAAUCGCCCCAUCCUCUUCCGAAACCAGGAAGGCCAGGAGGAGCGCCAGGUGUAUGACAAAAACGGCUGGAUCACGAAGCUUGUGAGGAUGGAUGGGACCGAGAUCCGCUACAACCACGAUGCGUUAGGUCGGAUCACCCGUACCUCGUAUCCGGAUAGCCAGACAACGUAUGCGUUCGAUAAGGACGGCCGGCUGAUACAGACUAAAGAAGAAGACGGGGGAACUGCUGUCCAGUACGAAUACUCGCUUGACGGGACUCCCAAGCAGGUGACUUACGGGGAUGGACGGAAGCAAAUCUUCGAGUUGGAUCAGUACAGUCGAGUCAUUUCCGAGACAGAUGCCUGCGGGGUCGUCCAAGAAAUGACAUAUAAUGAAUUCGGCAGUGUCUCGCGCCAAAGUCGCGGUAGUGACACCGUGACGUAUAUGUACGGCAGCGUAAACCACACCGAGGGCCAAGUUCUCGGGACAAAACUGACGGGCGAGCAGCACGCGCAUGAUACUGAGCUCACGCACGAUGGGUUCGGCCGGGUCCGGCGGACCAGGGUGCGGGAUACUGCGCGCGGCAUCACCCUGCUCGACACCAGUCUGACCCGCGAUGCCCACGGCCGGGUGACCGCGCUAACUUCGGCGUCUGAAGCAUCGCCAAGUCUCAAUGUCGAGCGUAUCUUCGCGUACGAUGGUCUGGGUCAGUUGGUGGAGGAGAAUCGUCGCAGCACUACAGAAAAGCCCUGGGACGUGACAAAGUACCAGUACGAUGGCAACUCGAAUGUGGUUUUGCUGAACCGCAACGACGACGUUGUCACAAUGACUUACAACAAGAUCGACCAGCGCACUGAUUCGGGCAUCGAAUACGACACCAACGGGCGCAUGAAGGUGGACGCAACGGGCCAGCGCUACUCGUUUGACGCCCGGGAUCGCCUUCUUUCUGUUGAGAGCAGUAACAGCGCUGCCGCCACCAACACGGCAAGCAGAUCGACCGGUACCUGGUUCACGUACCAUGCCGAUGACUUCUUGGCCCAGCAUCGCCGAGGAGACUCACAAGUUGCGGACGCCGAGAUGUACUACAGUAGGGGCAAGAUCAAUGCUAUGCGCCGUACCAACACAGAGGAGGAUGGUGAGGAGGCGGAGCAGAUAUCAUUCUUAUCCAACUCGACCUCGUCGCUAGUUUCCAGUAUCAGCAACCUCCGGGGAAAGCAAUACUUUCUUGAUCAGCUCGGCUCCACCGCUUUGAUUAUGCAAGAUACAGCCGAGGACAAGACUUGGCGAUAUACGCCUGCCACGUACGAUGCGUACGGAAAUCCCCUUAGCAGUGCUGAGGGCCAAGACGACGACAACAACGACAAUAAGAGAUACGCCAUCAACUUCGGCUUCGCCCAAGAACUCUCUGACCCCAGCACGGGACUCGUGUAUCUACGAUCGCGAUACUACAGCCCCCGGCAUCUAGCCUUUAUAUCCAUGGACUCGCGGAGGCGACAAGAGAACCGCUACGCGUACUGCUCCGGAGAUCCCGUGAACCGAGCCGAUCCGUCGGGCCAUUCGUGGAAAGACGAAUUCUUCACUGUGCGACACUUGACAAGCCUUGCCUUGGGCCUAGCAGUCGGCAUCGGCGCGUCGUUUAUCGCGGGUCCUUUGCUAGGCGCCGCCGCCGCGGGCGCCCUUAACCUCGCCGCUGUCUCGGGUUCCGAAAUGGGUAUUCUGGCCGGAGCAGUGGCAACCGAGGUCCUGGUCCCGCUGGCCACGGCCGCAGUAUCGGGUAUCGCGGGAGGGGUGGCUUACUCGGCAUCCAUGGGCGAACAGGUUGAUGGCUGGGAUAUUGCUGUUUAUGCGGCCGGCGGCGUGGUGGGAGAGGCGACGGCCAUGGCCGCGAGGCCGCUUGUGCGGCCCUACAUGGCCCGGCUCCUGGCCAGUGGAAAAGCACAGAACCUCUCUAAAUGGGGCACUCGGAAACUGUUGGGCUGGGCUUCGGGAAAGACGACCCAAAUGGCGUUGCAGCAAGUAGGCUCUGCGGCUGAGUCGUCGGGCUUCGUGGGGGUGGUUGGCGCUGCUGGUCUCACCGCUGCGGCACAAAGGAGUUUAUCAUCGCCGCUGUCCGUGGGUGUCUCUGGUGCGUUAUGGGCUGCCGCCGAUGGUGGAACUGAUGGGAGAAGACUCGAGGUGAAGGCUGAGUCUGGCAGCGUCCAUAGCGAUUCGAUGGCCGCGGGUUGGAGUGCCGAGGUCUGGGGCUCUCCUAGCUCACUUGACUGGCUUGCUUGA